AUGGCUUUGAGCAAUGGGACCUUUAGAGCGAUUCAAACCGCCUUAGAGUCUUGGUCUAAUGCUGAGUGUCUUAAGUUUGGCCAUGCCAUCAACUUCACCGCCACUGCCCAAUUCACGGCACCUCAGCUAUCUUCCAUCAAGGCUAGAAAUGCCACUGCCUCUAUAUCCUCAAUCGCCGCAGUCAAGUCUCGCGCUCUUAAGCGCUGGGUCAAGAGCAUUCUAUCCGAUCGUGCUGAGUGCCGAACCGAGAAGGUUCAAGAAAACGAUUCAUGUGCUGUAUUGGCCACAAGGUGCAGCAUAUCAGGUGCCGAUUUCACCAAGUAUAAUUCCGACAAAGGAUUCUGUUCUAAAGUGCAGCCUAGAUAG